AUGCCUCGUGAUCGUUCUCGAAGUCCUGUAUCACGUCGAAAACGUUCAAGAUCACGUUCUCGUGAUCGGCAUAGGGAUAGGCACGAUAGAGACUAUGAUAGACACCGUCGAGUUAGAGAUGACCGUAGGGAUGAGGAUCGUUAUCGACGGGACCGAACUCCUGAUAGAGAGAAAAGACGAAGACGUCGGGAUUCCUCCGAAGAAUAUCGCGGUAAGGAUCAUCGGGGCGGAAAACCUCGAAGAGAUGAUCGCUCAAGCACUCCAGAGUCUCAUGAUGCCACACAGGAACCUACUACUAUCGAAGACAAAGAAGUUAAGGAACCACAAACGGAGGAAGAAAAGCAAAUGAUGAAAAUGCUUGGAUUCUUCAAUUUCGAUUCCACUAAAGGAAAGCAUGUCACUGGUAAUAACGUAUAUGUUGCAAAUAUCCAGAAGAAGCGAAAAUACAGACAGUAUAUGAAUCGUCGUGGUGGAUUCAAUAGGAAAUUGGACCCAAUCACUUAA